UCAGCUUUUUUCUUUUAUAGGGUAGCGAUGACCCUGCUCGAGGUUCAUUGAUGGAGAUGACUUACUGCCGUGUUUCUGGAGCAAUACGGUCUCAAAUGGGGAAACGCCACAUAAUUGUGUUCCGCAUUGCACCCAUCACAGACAUCAACUUGAUUACUACUCACAUUCUUGAAGUUAUACAUUGUGUAUUGAAGCUUCAGCAUCUUAACAGCCUGGGAGGAGACACAGGACCAAGUCAUCCAGCAGUGAUGUCUAACUCUCUGGUUGGAGCUUCUGGUUUGGAUGGAGGAACCAAAACCACCAAUAUGGGUGGUAUGAACAUGCAAGGUCUUAAUGCCCAACAACGCAUGGUGUUCCAGGCUAUCUACCAAAGUUCAGAUGAAGGGGGAGCAGGACGAGAGAACAUUUAUUCCGUUCUUAAGGGAAAACUAUCUCCUCCACAAAUUGAGUGAGUACAUUUUUGUUAAUUAUUCACUAGGCUGUAG